UAGGGUCAGAUUGGGGAUCAGGGGUCAGGAGACAUAAACCAAGUCUGCCCUCUCCCCAUCCCAAUUCUGCUAAGGAGCCUUCCUCCCAGAACUUAUGGUCUCUUAUUCUGGAGGGCGGGGGGAACUUCCUUAUUUCUCAUUUUGCUAAGGGUGUUUAUUUGGUUGAGGUUCCUUCCAUUCUGAGCGCCAGGACUCUUAUUCUGAUGAGUUGUAACCCCUACACUGGCACCUCCUGCUGCCACCACACACACUUAGUUCAAAUGCUCUCACUUGGGCAAGGGUGCUUUCCUUCCAAUGUCCCAGCAGCUCUUAUUUUAGCAAAAGGACCCUUUCCCUAGCCCAGGGUCCUACAUUCAGUCAAGCUGCUUGCCUACCUCAGCCCAGGGUUGCUGAUUCUGGGGGAGGUAAUGCCCUAUUGUUAUCCCAGGACUUUUUUUAAUUAUUUUUAUUAUUAUUACUAUUUUAUUUUAUUUUUUAUUUUUUUAUUUUUUAUUUUUUAUUUUUUUUGGUGAGGGGCCCUACUCUGUUAUCCCAAGUGCUCUUAUUCUGGUGAGGAGAACCCUACUUCCAUGAUUUGGGAAAUGGGAGAUGGACACCACCAGAGUCCGCUAGGAUGGGGUGGAUGGUUUUUCGGGGGAUGGGGUGGGGGAAGUCAAGUCUAGUUGUUUGUUCUCCUGGGCCACCCCCUCCAUCUUAUUUGGAUUCUUGCUGCCUCCUUUCUGAGCCAGGAUUGUCCAGUUGCUGAAAUGUAAAUACUUAUGUAUUGGUGGGAGGGGAGCUCCAACUAUGUCCUCCUCUUCCUUCUCCCCUUGCCUGGAUUAUUUAAAAAAGCCAUGUGUGGAAACCCACUAUUUAAUAAAUGUUACAGAAUCAAGUGACUGGCCAUUUGUAGAUGAAGCAAGGAAGCUCACUAUUUGAUAAAUGUUCUAGACUCAGAAGCGACUGGCUAUUUGUAGAUACAGUGAGGCAAUUAUGAAGCAUGUACUGUAUACUGAGUCAAGAGGGAGGUGGGCUGGAUCGCUCCUCUGCUCUUGGGAGGGCUUCGCCCUGUGGUACUGUCCUAAGGCUGUUUAUGGGUUGGUCUAAGCAGGACAACAAAGAAAAACUUGAUUUCCCACAUUCCAGCUCUUAGGUAGUUCCAGGAUGUGCAGAAGGGCUCUGCUGGAUUUACUGUAGACCCUGAAGAUGUUUGGGAUAUGUCCCCAGUCAAAGAGGGCUUGCUCGGCCAGAGAAAACUGCCUCUCCCCAAUGCCGGGGGAGGAAAUAAAGCCCUUCUCCCAUGGGAGAAAAGGCCUUUCAGGUCACCCGUGAGGGAGGGGCCAGGCACUGACAGAAACUUUCCCAGCCCUUCCAUGUUUCCUGAUAACAUCCGGGGUGUAAGUACCCGUUUUGCCCCUACCUUUUUUCACCUCUCCCUUGCUCUCUUAUUCAUCCCUCCUCUCAUUCUUCACCUCGACGUCCCCGCCCUAACCUUAGCUAUACCCUCUCUUGCUCCGCUUUCAAAAGCUAACCUGAAAGCCUCACCUGGUGGCUUACCUGUCCCCUUCGCAUUCCUUUUCUUCCUCAACAAGGGCUCACUUAUCCUCCCUACUCUCAGUCUCCCCUCUCCAACACCUCGCUUGUGUGGCCUCAACCGCCCUGCUCUGUUUGCCCGCCUGACCCUCACCUGUCCCGCGCCGUCGGUCUAAAUUUCCUCCCAGCCGCCUGCGUACUCUCCAGGGGGCGGGGCCUCGCCGGGAGGUGGGCUAAAGAGGAACUUCAGUCCAACCGGGAAGGUACCCAGGAGUUUUGGUGCGGAAGGGGCGGGGUCAUCUGUAGAAGCUGCCAAUGAAGAGCUGAGAUACAAGAGGCUCAGCCGAGCCAAUGAGACAAGGACACACGAUGGGCGGGUGAUCUAGAAAGCGAGAUCAAUGAAGUCGAGGGCGGGUCUAGUAACGGGAAUGAGCCAAUGAGGCUCUGUAGAGACAGCUAGAGACUGAGUCGGCCUUGUAUUGGGUCUGCCCAUCCCGACGGAAUCUGGAAAUCCCGAGGCCGCGGUCUUAGGUUCACUGUCCCGGAGCGGACGAGAAAAACCACAGCUCUGGCCAGCCCCUCACUCGCCCCGCCCCUACCCUGGAGGCCCGGAAGCGGAAGUGACGGAUACGGAAGUGCCCUGCUGUUGCCGAGGGGACGGGCCAGGCAGAUGCCAACAUGGCAGCGGUUGGGUCUGGCGGUUCUACCGCGGCUGCUGGGCCAGGGGCGGUCUCCGCGGAGGCGUUGGAGCCUGGAACCGCGAGUGCGGGUAACGUGAAGCACCUCGCGCUCUUCCUCCACGAGGCUGUCCUGGUGCGGUAUGUGGACACACUGAAGCUUGCGGUGCCCUCUCUCAUCUAUACCUUGCAGAAUAACCUCCAAUAUGUUGCCAUCUCCAACCUGCCAGCUGCCACUUUCCAGGUGACGUACCAGCUGAAGAUCCUGACCACGGCGCUGUUCUCCGUGCUCAUGCUGAACCGCAGCCUUUCGCGGCUGCAGUGGGCUUCCCUGCUGCUCCUCUUCACUGGUGUUGCCAUUGUCCAGGCACAACAAGCUGGUGGUGGGGGCCCUCGGCCACUGGACCAGAACCCUGGGGCAGGCCUGGUGGCCGUCGUGGCCUCUUGUCUGUCCUCGGGCUUCGCGGGCGUCUACUUCGAGAAGAUCCUCAAGGGCAGCUCGGGCUCUGUGUGGCUGCGCAACUUGCAGCUGGGCCUCUUCGGCACAGCGCUAGGCCUGGUGGGGCUCUGGUGGGCCGAGGGCACUGCUGUGGCCCGCCGCGGCUUCUUCUUUGGCUACACGCCGGCCGUGUGGGGCGUGGUACUCAACCAGGCCUUUGGCGGGCUGCUGGUGGCUGUUGUCGUCAAGUACGCCGACAACAUCCUCAAGGGCUUUGCCACCUCCCUAUCCAUCGUGCUGUCCACGGUUGCCUCCAUCCGCCUCUUCGGCUUCCACGUGGACCCGCUGUUUGCCCUGGGCGCCGGGCUGGUCAUCGGUGCUGUCUACCUCUACAGUCUGCCCCGAGGUGCAGCCAAAGCCACAGCCUCCGCCUCCACCUCCGGGCCCUGCACGCACCAGCAGCCUCCGGGGCAGCCGCCACCACCCAAGCUGUCUUCCCACCGCGGAGACCUCAGCACGGAGCCCUUUCUGCCGAAGUCAGUGCUGGUGAAGUGAGGGCUGGUGGCGGUGGGGGGUGACAGGGAGGGGGACUGGGUGGAGGGUGUUGGGCAUCUGCAGGGACCUGAGCUGCCACUGGGUCUGGCUCCUCUGGGACUGGAAGAGUGUUUUCUCCCAGGUCAUGGAGACUUCUGGAGGGGCAUGGGAUGGGGUGGGGCAUCACACAAACCCUUCCUCGCAGACUGGGCCCCCCUCCACUGGAGGAGGCUUUGAGAGCUGCCUCCUCUGCCCCAGCCAACCCCUUUCAGGGACUGGGUUGGCAGUGUUGUCAUUCAAGGCCUUUCUUUGCCUGCCUGCCCUCAGCUGGAGGUGUCCUGUCCCAUGCCUGGGAGAGCCCCUCCUAGCAACCCCUCCACCUCUGUAAGGACAAAUCGGACAAAAAUGUUACAGCUCUUUUAGUGAUGGAUGCCUACCUGUGGGGUUCAGCUUCCUGUAGCUUGAGGCCUUCUUGCCUCCCUCACAGCCGCAGUGGAUCAUGUUAGCAGUUCAGUUCUUUUUUGUACGUGGCCUUGGGGCAGCUUCCCUAACGGGAGACCCUUCAAAAUGGGCCUCUUGUGGGCACCCUGGAGAGAGGAAGGGGCCGGAGCUGACACGUGUUGCAUCAGCCCAUUCCUGGGGAGGGUACAGUGCAGUAGGGGCCGUUUGUUUUUUUAAUGGUCUGGAAACUUGUGGUUUAAUCAGAUAAUUAAUGAUCCAGGGUGCGGGGAAGGGGAAAAGGUCCUUGGAGUGGCUGAAUCUCACUGAAAUCUAAGACACUGUCAGAUGCCAGAUGCAGGGUUCUUUUCCAAGACAUCCUAAAAGGGAAGCUAAAGCUGCCGACCACACCUCUGAUAAUGCACUGGCUCUAUGAGGCACCCUUGCUCUGUGACAGGGUGAGGGGGUCUUAAAAUCGCUGAAAUGUGGAACCUGCCCCCUGCACUCCCUUAAGCUUAUUAACCCCUUAACUGUCUCCCAGGAUGUGCGUGCGCGCGCAUGCGUGUGUGUGUGCGCACACGCACGCGUGCACACACACACACACGGGGGAGAUGCCUGGGCUAUCUUUGCUCUAUGUAAAUAGGGUCGUUGGAUCUUUAUUUUUGAUUAAUUUGUUCUGAUUUUUUUGGCUUGUUUUCUAAGAAACUGUAAUGAACAAAUGUCAGGAGACCCAAUGCCAAAUAAAGAUGUUGUAUUUAUUUA